CUUAGAAAAGAAGAUCUUCCUUGUAAAGAUAAAUAUAAAUCACGUGACAGCAGAAGUGGAGGACACGUGACCUGAUGUUGGUUUUGGCGGGAAAGUCCUCUACUGUUAAACUGUUAAACAGCAGGAACAAAAGCUUGACUGAAAUUCCGGUGGAGGAGCUGUCAGCGAGUGGAGUCAGCGGAGUGGCAUGGUCACCAACAGGCAAACUUAUCGCCAUGUGUGGUAAAAAGUGGGAACACAUAAUACUACUGAACUGUGAGGAUCCUUAUAAUCAGAUUGAGAUAAAGAUCAGCAUACCAGCGGGCAGAUACCAGAACUGCUGCGUAUUCAACAAAACAGGAAAAGUGCUAGCUACAGCCGGGGUCGGGGGAGGUGUUUAUCUCUGGAAUGAGAACAAUGUAACCAGGAAUUGGGAGCAAGUAGCUGAGUUACCUAAUAUUAUCACCAUGACAACUGUUACAUCUAUCUCGUGGGAUCCAUCCUCUCGGCAUCUAUGCACUGGUGACACGCGCGGUCACGUGACCUUGCGAGAGCACCUGACAGGUCACGAGUACAGAGACGGAGUUGACUUGUACAACACUAAUUCUGAAGAGGUUUCAGCCCUUACUUGUAACCCUCACCACCCCUUCCAGCCUCCUGAACUAGCUGUAGGACACAGCAAUGGAGUGCUGGAAGUUUGGGAUAUCUUAUCUCGGACGGUCAGAUUCACUCUUCACAGCCAUUCUACAACUAUUACAGACAUUGCUUACAGCACCAUCAACGGUCUUCUUCUUGCCACUGCGGGACUGGAUGGAGAGGUGCACAUAGUCCUACUAAAGUCAGGUACAGUCGUCAAGAAGUGUGUUGAGGGAAGAGCAAUACAUAGUCUGGAGUUUAUCAAGGGUACCCAAAAACUCGUCUUCUCACCGACUCAUCGUUGGUAACAUUCCGGCUCAACAAGAAGUGGAGUGAGCGGGAAAGUGAGCCACAACAGGGAGCAAUGAUAGCGCGCUACCAUUCAGCACG